CUCUCUCUCUCUCCUCCUCCUCCUCCUCCUCCUCAGUAUGUGGGUGUGCUUUCCUGCUCUGGAGUCUUAACACUCUGCCGAGCGCUGAGGCUCCACACUGUGUGCUGGAAGAAAGCCGUGAGAAAGACAAAAGCUCUCGACACACACUCGCGCACUCACACACACAAACGCGCACACACACUCGCUCUCUCUCGCUGACCGGCUCUCUCACAAUGGAUGUCAAAGUGCUGGCGGUGAUGGUGUUGCUGACGGUGGCCGUGUGGAGCCCGGAGACUGACGCUAAACCCAUCAGCCUGGUGGAGAGGUGCUGGUGUCGCUCAACCCUCAACACUGUCCCGCAGAGGAGCAUCCGCGAGAUCAAGUUCCUGCAUACUCCCAACUGCCCCUUCCAAGUGAUUGCCAAGCUGAAGAACAACAGGGAGGUCUGCAUCAACCCCAAGACCAAAUGGCUGCAGCUGUACCUGAAGAACGCCAUUAGCAAGAUAAAGAAGUCAAGAAAGCGUGAUUAGAGGAAUGGUGUGAGGAGAGUUGGAGAACUGGUGUGUGUCUCUGACCUCUACAGAGAGAUAAAUCACAAGAGCACCUUCCUCACACACACACACACACACACACACACACACACACACACACUCUGGACUGCUUGCACAAACAGCACUUCUCCUAAAAACGCCUUUAUUUCUGCACCCAGCUGGACUGCAGCUCCACCAAAACACCAACAAAACGCCUCACACACACACACAUACACACACACACACACUCACAGCAGCACUGUGCUUGAGACGUCACACCGGUGCAGGUGUGAAUGCUGAACUGAGUGAGGGGAUCAAUCGUGAUUGUGAGAGAUGGAUUUCUCCUGUGUUUCCCACUUAAAAAGAGCAGUGAAAUGUGUGUCAGAUUUGUGCCUUUGGAUUUGUAUAAGCUGUGAAAGGAAACUGUUGACAUGUUGAAUUACAAGGAUAUAUAUAUAUAAAUAUAUAUAUAGGAAGAGGAAAGGAGAGAAAUGUAUGGAGAGAGUGACAGACAGAGAGAGAGAGAGAGACAGAAAACAGAUGGUCUGAGAGGAAGCAAGGGAGAGAUUGGGGUCUUGGGACUAAAAACACGUCCGCCUGCUAACAGAAGACGCAGCCGCUAUGCUAACAGAGCGAUGGACGACCACACACACCCACACGCUGUCCAUGGCUGCUAAAAUACACUGUUAAAGGAAUAGUUUAGCAGUUUACACAGAUUUACCCCAAAUAUGGUCACUCAGCCAAGACGUGUUUGGUGUCUGAAGUUUGCUUCUUUUGCAGCUACAAGGCUAAUGUAGCUAACAUGUACUAUACUUAGCAAUAAGCAUUGUGCAAACUGCAGACCUACAUCCCUCAAAAACCUCAAACACUUGUUAACAUGGUGUGUACAAUCUCCAAAAUCUCUACUUGCGUCUUGAAAAUGCUAAUUAGCUAUCCAGUAGCAUUAUACGAGACCCAUUUAACACCCGACCCGAACCAGAAAUAGUGCUAAGUCAAAUGGAGCAGGUUGAAGAUUGGCAGAAGAGGUUAUUCAAAAAAUUACAAAUAUAUAUUAUAAAUCUGCACAUCUUCAUCUUCUUCAUUUAUCCCUCUUAUUUAUUACUAAUUUCCCAAGUAUUGGAAGUCAAUAUGCUAAAAACUAAUGCUAUUUAAGUAAGUCUAUGUUAGCGUUUCUCACUGCCCACUUGCUCGGAUAUGUCCUCAUCCUCCUUAAUUAGCUUUGUCAUUCUUGCGUUUUCGGUGCCGCCUUCAUUUUUUGCAGUUUAUGCCGCUGCUGUCCAUUUUGGCAUGAUUCACAUAUGAAAACAGCUCCAUCAGCAAUGAAAAAACAGAAAUUCACUAUGAGCUGCCUGUUGUCAGCCAGUACUAAACUGACACUGUCACGCUGAAUUUGAUACAAUAACUUCUGUUCCACCUUAAAUCGUGCAGCAGUUACUUGCUAGUGCCCAUACAGGCAUCUGAAUGUAACUGCUACAUCAUUUAAGGUGGAAUGAGAAAUGAGAAUAGGAAGAUAACUUUAGCUUAAUCUAAUCUUAGUCUGCUGUAUGCGUAUGGGAACAUCUGACCAUGACCAGACAUGCAAAAGUAUAAUUCGCCCUCUGUAAUAUAGUGUUAUGUAUAAAAAUUAACAAAAGUACAAAUUCCACCGUCAGGAUCACCAUUACUGCUGUUUAGCUAUGCAGCGUAGUUUUGCCCAGCAUCAAAACUAAAGAAGCAAACUUCAGACACCAAACAUAUCUUGACUUAUUGACAUUUGUGGUGAGGGGAAAAUGACGUAAAUGUGAGUUUUCACUGAAUUAUUCCUUUAAAACCCAAAGCUGGUCUGCCUUUUUAAAAAUUGAUCACAUCUGACUCUCUUUUCAGUCACCUUUGAAGUGCUUUUAGAUGACUGCUACUGGAGCUGAAGUUCUAGCUGUGAGAAAUGAACACAUUUCGACAUUUAGAAGCCUGUAGAAGGUAGAAGUCUAUAGAAGGUUCUUUUUUCCUGCAACUUUUGGCCGACGUAAGGCCAGGUUGCUGCUUUAAAGUGAUAGUUAGGAGAAAAAGUUCCACAGUUUCACACCUCAGAUGUACUCAAUCAGUUCAAACAUGUUUUGGGGCUGAAAUUUGCCAGAGCUAACACGCUAAAGUAGCUAACAAGUAAUGCAAACCUUUGUAGCGCCUGUUAGCAUCGCACUUAAAUCACCACACAAUUGCCUCAGAGUGUGUUGAGAUAUUAAUCCCAAAUAGACUUGCUUAUGUGGUUUCUGGCACAGUAUAUUGCCUAUAGAAAUGGAGAAAAAUGCUAAAAACAUUAGCAACAGCUUGAAACCUGAAUUUUGUCUGCACAUUUAGCCCUUUUUGUAGUUAACAGUAAGUCAUACAGUGCUAGAAACCACAAGUGUGGUGAGAUUACUUCACAACAAUGGUUUAAUACAACUGUGUGGUGUUUUAGGCAGGUAGUUAGCAGAAUGCUAACUGGUGCAGUGUAAGCUUGCGCUACUCAGCAACAUUAGCUUCAUAGCUCCAGUGCAAAACUAAAGAAGCCACCAAACAUGUCGUUUGUGAUAAUUUGGAGUGAGGUUAAACUUAGGAUCUUCCUGUGGGAAAGCCACGCACUGACUUAGCCAGGCUUUUUUUUCUUUAAAGAUGAAUAUAAGCCUGAAAUCAGUGCAUUAACCAUGCGCAACAAAGACAAUGCAACUUUCACGUCAAUGCAAUCCACUCUGGGCAGCUGCUUCUAAAGCGUUAUACUGUGUAUAUGUCCUUAUAAACAGAGGCUUUAAUCUGUCGCAUUUCAGCCACAGAGCAUAUUAUCGGUGAACUGAUCUUUCCUAUGCGAUUCGUGUAAAAAUGAAAAGUUGGACCGACAAAAUAAAACUGUUUCAGCUACUUAUGAGUAGAAAUAUUUGUAAUGUGCUUUUAUUCACGAUCAGCUUUCAUGCGGACCGAAACUGAAUUGGGAUAACUUGAAUAAACACCUUUAACCGAUCCAGCAUUUAAUUUUUAUCAUAUUUUGCGUGAAUGUUAAAGGGCAGUUUCACUGACUUUUCAAAAUUUCCGCAUAAGUCAGCAGUAGCAAUGUACCUAAAGUCAUUCAGAGUGGACUGAUGUGAAGUAUAGAGAAAUGCUCAUUGUAGAGAAAUUUGCCAACUCUGAUUUCUUUACAGUGGUGGUGAUAGGAACCAGGGGUAUGUGGCCAUUUUUAUUCACUUUCCUAAAUGGCCACUGAGCUUACACGUGUCUUCUGAGUUUUUAUAUGUAACACUGAUGAUGAUAAAAGAGCAGUAAACAUAAAAAAAAUUAGUUUUCUUUUGGAGGCAGACGUCUGGUUCCUAUCACCACCACUGUAACACCACAGUUCUGACUCUAGUUCUUCUGAAAUGGUGCAUUUUUGGAAAAAUCAGGGCCCAAGAUCAGUGAACGUGGAACAAAAAAGGGACCAAAUGUUAUCCAUCCUGCAGUCUUAACCUAAAGAAAUGCUGUAUAUAUUCAGAGUAUUGGUUAAUAUUUUGUUGUUUGGUCUAGUAUAAAGAAACAGUAGGGGAUAAUUUCCAUAAUUAGGAAAAAUUGUAGUGCCAUUAGUCCCAGUAUUUUGCGAAAUGCUGUCUCUUGCUGAGCCACUUUAAAUGUGAGAGGAGUUUCUACUCUGUUGAUUUAUUUUUAUAUUUGUGCAUUGUAUAAUCUUAAUAAAUAUACAAGGGGCAGUUCAUAUUAAUAAUUAUCUCAUCCGAGGUCCUUCUCUACCCAGGACUAGGACAAAUGUAAUCAAUUUCUGCUUCUUAGGGAGAUCUGAUAGAACCAAACAUGAACCAAAAUGUAAUGGGCAUGCUCAGUUUAAGCAUAAUUUCCAGUGUUAUUGUGGGUAACACUUAACGUGAACACUGCAACUUAACAUUGACAUAGCAAUGUCAUAAAUAUGUGAAGUCAUGACAGAUUAUGUCCAGUAAUGUAACAGUGUCAUUCUACCAUUACCAAACAUUACGACCACACGUCCUGACAAUUACCGGUAACGGUAACAUUACAGUUAUAUUACUGGACAUAAUCUGUCUUGCCACCACAUACAUUGUUUACGCCAUGGUUAUGUCACUGUUAUGUAGCAUAGUUCAAGCAUUACCAAACUGUGUUGUCCUGCUCCUGAAAUACAUUCAUGAAUUCCCCGUAUUGUAGACUCUAAUGAUGUAAAAAAUAAUAAUGUGUGGACAGAUUUUUCCAAGGUAUUCCAAAAGCCAAACAUGUGGUUUUAAUCAGGCCUCUCCAGUAAGCACUUCACUGCUGUGCAAGUCUUUUGGGGUUUAUUGUUUUUACAUUCGCUGAAUUUUGCUUUCUAUAUUGAAAAAAACACAAAGGCCUGUUAAAAAGGCCCUGGUGUAUACGCUGCCUGCAGGGGCUUUCUGCCCAAACAGAGGUGAAGGGCCUUAAAUACAGAGAGGGCGGUCUGGGGUUCAAUCAUUGGAGCCUUGUGGGGCACAAUGUACCUAAUGUAUCAGUAGAGUAUUGUAGUUAAACACAAGUGACAGUGUUCUUGAGUCCAUUUAUGGCAUAAAAAAGAGUGUAAUAGAAGGAAUCAGUGGGAUACAGUCUUGACCAAAUGGGUUGUGGGGUCAGAUCUAUUUAAUCGAAUGAAUUGCAAUUUCAUAUUGGCCAAUUCAGCAAACCUCUACAUGAUAUCCAUUGAUUUGACCUGAAUUCAGUUCCUUGAAAAAGGGGAUGCACAAUGAUAUCGCAUUGUAAUUAAACCCAGUGGUAUCAGAAUCAUAUCAGUAUCAGCAGAUGACUGCAUUAAUUAAUUAAUGGCAUUGGACAGAUGUUUAGAUUUGACCAAUAUUUCAAACUGAUAUUUGAUGAUGCAUUUUUUGUGCUCUGGAAGAGCAAAAUGUUGAGGCUAAGCUAAAAUGUAUGCAAUAGAUUGUCGUGUGCAUUUCUGUUUAGCUCAUUUUCAGUUAAAUACGGCAUUUUUCUGCAAAUUUACUGCACAAUUUCUAUUUAUUUGAGUUUAACAUAUUGGAAAAAACAGCAAACAUAACGUACCAUAACUUUUGCACAUGCCCCACUUUUUACAUAGUUUAAGUUCCAGUUUUUUAAAUAUGUUAAAUUCAGCAAAUAAACAUUAAUUAUGCAAUAAAGUUUUACACAUGACUGUAUUCAAUUUAUGCAUUGUAAUCCUAAUAGCUAAAUGUUACAGAUUUCUGUAAUGCUAAUCCAGGAAGAUAGUAGUUCUAAUUUCUACCUUAAAUGUAUCAUGUUUAUGUAUCGGCAUUAGCAGGUAUGAAAAUAUUGGAUAUCAGAUAUCGGCAUAAAAUUAUGGUCUAAAAUUCUCAUAUCGUUGCAUCCCUAAAUAAUUCAUGUUGGUUCCCUUUAUUUUACCACCUUAACUGGCUCAGAAUUGAUGGAACUGACCCCAGCCCUGGUCAAGGCAUGUCAAACUGGUCAUGCUAUAUGAACCCAAUCAGGUGCUAUUGAAUCCAUUCCCCAGACAAUGUGAAGGAGAGACUCUAUGAAGCAGCUCAUGUAGGAUAUUGUUAUUGUUAUUCCGCUAUAUGCUCACAGAUUGUAAUAAUGAAUUGAAAUGAAUAUAUUUAGUCACUUUUUUCAAUAAACAUAUUAAAAACAA